CACCGACGCGUGCCCCGUAGCCCGUAGUAACCCCGAGUCUGCGGAAGUGGAGACCUUCGGGCAGGCAGCUGAGACAGGGGACGGAAGGCUGUGGAACCAUCAUUUGUGAAUCAGGGUGUUUUGUGUGUUUUUUUUGGACAGACAGCCGUUUACAGUUCCGAAUGAGUAAGGCAGAUAGGAAGCCCCUUCUGAGAGUUUAACAAAGCUCUCAACAACCCACACCAUGGACAUAAAGCUGGACCCUUCUCGAGAUGACCUGCCCCUCAUGGCCAACACCAGCCACAUACUUGUGAAGCACUAUGUACUGGAUUUAGAUGUGGAUUUUGAAAGUCAAAUCAUCGAUGGCACCUUAGUGCUUUUCUUGGAGUCUGGAAACAGAUCCAGGAAGAAGAGUGGUUCCACCGAGGAAGCCUGCCGAUCAGGGUCAAACGAAGCCUGCGAGUUUAGGAAGCCGGAACCCUGCCACGUCCCUGUGGCAGAUACAAGGACCUCCUUGUCUCAGAUGGGAUACAGUGAUUUUGCAAUUUGUGGUAAAGGUGAAAGAGAUACUUCUGGUAAAGAUGGUAACCAUGACAACCAGGAACAGACUUAUGGGAUUUCUAGCUCAAAGCACUGCUGUGACACAGGGAAUCAUGGGAGUGAGGAUUUUUUGCUGGUGUUGGACUGCUGUGAUUUAUCUGUGUUAAGGGUUGAGGAGGUGGAUGUUGCUGCCGUGCCAGGUAUUGAAAAAUUUACAAGGUCUCCCAAGCUCACGGUUGUUUCUGAGCUCAGGAAUCAGAUUGUACGUGAACUUGUGACUCUGCCUGCAGAUCGUUGGAGGGAGCAGUUAGACUGUUAUGCUCGGUGCAGCCUGGCGCCUGGCUGUGGGGAACUCCUGUUUGACACUGACACGUGGAGCUUGCAGAUCAGGAAGACAGGGGCUCAGACAGCUACGGCUUUUCCUCAUGCCAUAAGGAUACGGUACAGAACCAAACCCCAGGGGCGAUCAGUCACAUGGACCUCAGACCAGAGUGGCAGGCCGUGUGUUUACACUAUGGGAUCUCCCAUAAACAACAGGGCCCUUUUCCCAUGCCAGGAGCCCCCCGUUGCCAUGUCAACAUGGCAGGCCACAGUCCGAGCAGCUGCAUCUUUUGUUGUUUUAAUGAGUGGGGAAAAUUCUGCCAAGCCAACACAGCUUCGGGAAGGGUGCUCAAGCUGGCAUUACUACGUAACCAUGCCAAUGCCAGCCUCCACCUUCACAAUUGCGGUGGGAGCCUGGACAGAAGUGAAGCCAGAGGCCUGCUCGCCAAGUGACCUGGCAGCAGAGAGGUCCCUCUCGCUGUCCGAGGCUGACUUUAGGUGUGCUGGCGUCUGUGGCCACAUGGAAUACCCCUGCCGCUUCCAGAAUCCAUCUGCCACAACCCAGGAGAUCAUUCCUCAUCGGGUGUUCGCCCCUGAGAGCCUUGCAGGUGCCUGCCAGGAGACCCUUCUACAGCUGCUCUCUCCUUGCCUCUCAGCAGCGCAUGCUGUGCUGGGGACACACCCAUUCUCCAGGCUGGAUGUGCUCAUCGUUCCUGCCAACUUUCCAAGCCUGGGGAUGGCCAGCCCACACAUCGUCUUCCUCUCUCAGAGCACCCUGGCCGGAGGGAGCCACCUCUGUGGGACCCGGCUCUGCCAUGAAAUUGCUCACGCCUGGUUUGGCCUGGCCAUCGGGGCCCGCGACUGGACGGAGGAGUGGCUGAGUGAAGGGUUUGCCACUCACUUGGAAGAUGUAUUCUGGGCCAAAGCACAGCAGCUGACCCCCCACGAGGCCCAGGAGCAGCAGGAGCUGCGGGCAAGCCUGCGCUGGCGGCGCCUCCAGGACGAUUAAGAAUGUGCUAUGUUUUUGCUACAUCAUUUUAGACCCAAUAAAGAGAAAACUGGCCAUGUGAGUGACUCAGGAUCGUCUGUCAUUAAGCAUGGGCUCAAUCCAGAGAAGGUCUUCAUGCAGGUUCAUUAUUUAAAGGGUUAUUUCCUUCUCCGGUUCCUUGCCAGAAGACUUGGAGAUGACACCUAUUUUUCCUUUUUAAGAAAAUUUGUGCACACAUUUCAUGGGCAGCUGAUUCUUUCCCAGGAUUUCCUUCAAAUGCUGUUGGAGGACAUCCCAGAAGAAAAAAGGCUGGGUUUGUCUGUGGAAAGCAUCUUCCGAGACUGGCUGGAGUGCCCAGGACUUCCCCAGGGGGACGGGCGGCGCUCGGGACCGGGGUCCCGUGUCCAAUGCUCUGUGGUCUUUGCACUUCAGGUCGCGAAAUGGAAGCGAAUGAACCGGAGACCCCGAAAACGGAAGCGAAGAGGGACCGAAGAAGCUUUUGAAAAGCUCCUUCCGGACCAGCUGGUCUUGCUUCUGGAGCAUCUGUUGGAGCAGGAGACCCUGAACCCCAGAACUCUGCGAAGCCUCGAGAGGACAUACCGCCUCUCCCAGCAGGACGCAGAGGUUCGCCAUCGAUGGUGUGAACUCGUCGUCAAGCACAAAUACACAACCGCAUACAAAACCGUGGAGAGGUUCCUCCAGGAGGACCAGGCCAUGGGCAUCUACCUCUACGGGGAGCUGAUGGUGAGCGAGGACGCCAGGCAGCAGCAGCUCGCCCGCCAAUGCUUCCAGCUGACCAAGGAGCAGAUGGACAGAUGCUCAGCCCAGGUGGUGGCCGAGAUGCUGUUUUAAAGAGGAAAGAUCACAGUGAGAUUCUUUCUCAUAAGCUCCUAGUAGCCCUGGUGGGACCAGGAUGGCGCUGACCUGGACAUCAGAGGGAGGUGACAGGGCUGCUGGGCCAUCAGCGACAUCGGCGUCCGCGUCUGGAGCUGCUUUCCUGCGGCUGCUCGCAGCAGAGCACACGUGAAAGGCCCAUCCUCAGAAAGGGUCACCUGGUCCCCACCGAACAUGCCGCCUCCACACACUGACUGCGCACGGGGUCAGCGUGUACGCGGUCCCCCCUGCACCACUAGAGAGCCUGAGGCCUCGGAAGGUCCCUCCGCAUGCGGCCGGAGAGUCAGGCUUCUGUGCGGAGCCAGUGAGCUCCACUCCAUGGGCUUCUCUGGCUCAUUUCAGAAAGUUCUGUUAUGUAGAUAUUUGCCAAAAUUGUAGUGCCUUUUGGUAAAAGUACGGGAUAAAACCUAAGAUGUAUUUAAUAAUAAAAUGUAAUGGAUUAAUGUUUCUGUA